ACCAACUCAACAUCAAAGAGAUAUUGAAUUACUAGAUCCAACGGAUAAUGGCUUGGAUGAUUCAUAUGAAGAAAUAUUUGUUGAGGAUACAAAUGAUGAAUUGCUUGAAAAUUACUCAAAUAUUGAGGAAACUGAUAGCGAAACAGAUAAUGAAGUAGAUAGUGAAAAUGAAUGA